AUGCUGCCGAACAUUGCCUUCUGUGCAUGUCUCUGUAUUGUAGCUGCCUCCUGUGCAGUACAGGCAGCAUCGGUGUCAUUGUUGGGCAGCGGCGUCCGCGUCUUGUACCAGAACGAUCUGGACUGGAAUAAGGCCAACUCUGCUUUGCGUCAGGCUGGUUACCUCCUCCUAUCCUCCCCCUUGAGCGCAACCGAUGCAGAUGCCAGAUGCCGCGACCUCGGCGAAACGCUCGCCCCUCCCUCUGCUGUCGAAGACGCUGGCUUGCAAGCUCAGGUCAACUAUAUGGUCUAUGAUGGCACCUACUCGGCCACACAGAUGUACUGGUUGGCAAGUGGAAAUGCUUUAACCGCCUCGGUCGAUAAUAGUGGUAUAGCUACGUAUACGACUUCCCGCCCCAGUAGGCAUAGCAAGUAUCCGGGCUUAUGUACGCAAAGUGCGCCCUGGAACACGGCCAAUACAACCGAUACGAGCCCGCGAUGGCACAUAAGUACGCAGAGCAAUGGCGUCCAAUAUACUGGCUUCCGUGAUGCCCUCUCCUUCCGCUUCCAAUCUGUACCGUACGCCAACCCAACCGACCGCUUCGCCUACUCGACCGUGUUCGACGCUCGAACAGCACCAAGCACCUCGGUCGCUGCAAUCCGAACCGGCCGCGCAGACCAAUGUCCUCAGACGGGUUCCGACACUACCUUCACUGAACAGUGUCUUGUGACAAAUAUCUUUACCCCAUACUUGCCGUCUACUACUGAAGCAUCUGACAGCAGAAAGCUCAAGCCUGUCCUCGUCUGGAUCCACGGAGGCGGCUACAUGUCCGGCAGUGGCCUCGAUUUUACCUUUGACGGAGGCAAUCUCGCAAGUCGAGGCGACGUUGUGGUUUUGACCAUCAACUAUCGCUUGGGAUCGCUCGGCUUUCUGGCUUACAAUGAUCAGAUUAGAGGCAAUUACGGCGUUGGCGAUGUGGUGACAGCGCUCAAGUGGGUGCAGAAAUACAUCAAGCAGUUCGGCGGCGAUCCGAGCCGGGUCACCAUUGCCGGUCAAUCGGCAGGUGCACAGCAGGUGGAAAGCAUGCUCGCUUCGCCCGCUGCCGCCGGUCUUUUCCAUCGUGCUAUUAUACUGAGCGGUAGAGGUCACGACAACUCUUUCGUCUAUCUAACCAUCGACCAGGCGCGCCAAUUCGGCGGUGACGAUCUGGUCAAGGCUCUGGGCUGUAAUGCGGCAUCCGACGUACUUGGGUGUUUGCGUGGCAAGAAUGUUGAUGACUUUCUCAGAAACCCGAUCAACUACAUCGUGCAGGAUGGCACUUACAUUCGUUCUCCUCGUCUCGACAUGAGGCGACCUGACCAGGCGCAGGGGCACGUCAACCGGGUCCCUGUGAUCUGGGGCACGAUGCGUGACGAGUUGGGCUCGCUCGGCAUCGUACCUCCCGCUUCGGAAACUAGUCUUGCCAACGCCAUGAAGACGGCAGGAAUCCUGUCGAAUUACAGCGAUAUUGUGUUGCGCGAAACCAACACGUUUCCUGUCUCUCAGUAUGGCGUUCAAAAUCUCACUGUUGCGGUCAACACCGACAUCAAGUUCCGAUGCGGCAUUCAGAGCAUGGCUUAUGCUUCGGCGGUCAACUCUGUCUUCCCCGCCGUCUACGCCUACUUUUACGACCAGAGAUCGUACCAGAUCCCCAACUACGACCCGCAAGGCGUAUGCCAGCCCAAGCGAGGCAAUCUGGGUCCUGCGAGCUACUACAUGUGUCACUCGGGCGACUUGAUGACGUUUUUCCACACGGCAGGAUCUGGCUUCCGUCUUCCGUACCGUGAUAACAAUGACCUGCCGUGGAUGGCGAGCAUUCUAGAUCAGUUUGCUUCUUUCAUCCGUACGGGCAACCCCGCUCCAUCGCAAACGUAUCUCCGUACGCGUGGAAAGGCGUACGCCUCAUCGCUGACAAGGACGACCUCAGCGGGAGGGACGAAAUGGGAACAACUGACAGCGUCGCGGCUCCAGGCGCUGAGCUUCGGGCCCGUCCAACAGAGGAUGCAGGCGAUCGCACAAAGGAACGACCAGUGCGCUGCGCUAGGAAAGCCUAUUGACUACAUCGCCAAGCUAUAG